UUAUUACCGUUUUGGCAACAUUGAUUCAUACGCCUCUUGUCAUGAGUAGACGGCGGAUGUUUUACCUGCCUUAUAUAUGUCAUCAAGAAGCUUUAUUUAACUGAAACUACUCAAACUAAUCACCAUGGAGCUUCCUCAACCUCCCCCAGACCAAGAACUAAAAAACAUAAUUGACAAGUUGGCACAGUUUGUGGCUCGCAAUGGUCCUGAGUUUGAGCAGAUGACCAAAACCAAACAGAAGGAAAACCCCAAGUUUAGCUUUUUGUUUGGUGGAGAAUACUUCAAUUACUACCAGUACAAAGUUACAACUGAACAAGCAAUACUGAAACAUCGUCAAGCUCGUGAACAGCAGCAGCAGCAACAACAGCAGUCACAACCAUCACAACAGCCAACACUACACCAGCCUCCACCUCCACCACAAGGAGGUUUCCCAGGUGGAGGUGCAGGUGGUGCUUUUCCUGGCCAAAGCUACCCACCUGCUUAUGGUUACCCGCCCACUUCCGCGUACCCUGAGCCAGAUUUACCACAAUUUCCACAGCCAACUGUUACCUCUGGAGGCUUUAACCAGGGACAGUAUGCACCGCCACCCCCAUCAAGUGAACCACCUACUACAUUUCCUCCUGGUGAUUCAAAUUAUGUCACCACCACCUCCUUUGUUCCAACCAGCACGGCAGAACCUCCAUUUGUUCAUUCUUCUCAGUCUUUUCCUCCACCUCCACCUGGAGAUGCUACCUACACAGCUCCACAGGCUGGGGAACCAGGUGCUUUUACCACUAGCACCCCAGGUUAUGCUCAGCCCCCACCUCCACCUCCCCCCAGUGUGAGUAUGGAGUCCAUUACUAGCCAGCAACAACAACUACAGGAACAAAUUCACCAAAGUGAACAGAAUCUGGCAGCACAACAGCUGGUUCUGGAGCAACAGAAGGAUGGCCAAGUAAGAGAGGGUAUCUAUGUAGCCAGAGGUGAAGUGUUGCGCAACGAAGCAGCCGAGCUUGGCUUUUCCAUUCACGAGUUGGACGAGCUACUCGGUCCCAUCACCGAGUCAUGUACUAAGGAUUCCAUAUCAAAUGGCAAACACUGGAUCUUCACCAAUGCUCAGUCUGCUUCAAAGAAUCAGUGGCUCUCAAGAUACCUGCUGUGGAAAGCUACAGCCAACAGCGGUCCAUUUAAUCACAAGCUACAUAUCAUAUACCUGAUGAACGAUGUUCUCCAUCAUUGUGUGAGGAAAAAUGCUGACGACCUGAAGGAGGCGCUACAGAAGGUCCUGGCACCCAUGUUCUGCAAUGCCAUGACAAUUGCAUCAGAUGACCAAAAGUCUAAGCUGGACAAGUUACUCUCACUGUGGGAAUCAAAAAUUAACUUAGAAGAUGUGGUAUUACUGCAGCUGAAGAAUCCUGUGGAUUCUUGGGCAGCUUUUGAGAAAGGUCUUAUAGAGGAAUUUCCACAAGUUGUGGCAACAAUUAACCAGCACAUUGAUGCUACUUUUGAGGGUUAUAAACAGCAGCAUAAUGCUUUUGUGCAACACGCAACAGGGCAAAUUCAAGGCUUGGAACAACAGAAGCAACAACUAGAGCAGCAGGCUGCAGCAGCAGCAGCCGCAGCCGCAGCAGCCGCUGCAGCAGCAUCAGCAGCAGUCGCCGCAGCAGCAGCAGCAGCUCCUGAAGCCUCUAGUAGUGACGUGUCAGCUCAAGGUGCCGGGUAUGCUGGUGCUCCUCCUCAGCCUCAGUUCCCACCACCCCCUGGGACAGCUCCAUCUAUCCCCUCAGCACUGGACUUCAACCAACCUCCACCAGGCUUCCCUCCAGGUUUACCUCUUGUAGACUUCAGCAAGCCUCCUCCAGGAUUCCCAGUGGAGGAACAGAAGGAAAAUUUGGUGCCUACAGUACCCUAUUAUGAACUCCCUGCUGGGCUCAUGGCACCUCUUGUGAAAAUGGAGGAUCACAAGUAUAGGCCUUUGGACCAAAAUGAGUUGAGACUUCCACCACCAACACCCCCAAGUGACAGGCUGCUGAGAGCAGUAGAAAACUUCUAUGCUCCGCCCUCACAUGAGAAGCCUCGUAAUAGUGAGGGUUGGGAACAGUUGGCUUUGUAUGAUUACUACAAAGAAAAGAGUCAGUCAGUUAAACGCAUCGAAAAAGAGAUCAGUGAAGGAAUUAGAGAGCGUUCACGAUCUCCAUCUCCUGUUGUGAUUGAGCCGCCACCAGAGGAAGAGGAAAGACCAUCUGAUCAACCAGCCAGAAGAUACAGGUCAGAGAGUCCAGAAAAAAUUGAAGAGAAGAAAAAAUCGCACUCUCGCUCACGUUCACGCAGUCCGAGUCCCAUUCGACGUAGUUUAUCCCGGCAGAGAUCCAGGACCCGCUCUCCAUCAUGUUCACCACCACCUAGAUCUCACCGUCGAUCACUUUCUAAGUCACCACGAAGGUCCAGCUCGAGGUCACCCAGAAGAAGCAGCAGGUCCAGGUCAAGGUCCAGGUCAGAAUCACCUGGGACAUCCCCUCCUCGUGUGCCAUUCAACAGGUCCCCCUCUCGAAGUCCAACCCCACCAUCAUUCAUGGGCGGAAGUUUCUCCAAGAUGGAUCAGCGACUGGAUGAAAGCAACAAGGGUCACCAGAUGUUGCGAAAGAUGGGAUGGGGAGGUUCAGGUUUAGGGGUUAAAGAACAGGGCAUCAGCGACCCUGUGGCAGCAGCAGAAGUACGGGACACACCUCAGGAUAGGUUUAGGGGCCUGGGAGUCCCUAGUGCACAGACAGAUCCAUAUGAGGCAUUUAGGAAAAAUAAGGGUCAAGCAUUUAUCAAUCGAAUGAAAGCGAGAGCUGAGGAAAAAUUUUAGUCCACUUUAUUUGCUUUAUAAAAUAAUAUUAGUGUUGCGGAUGUGAUUAAUAUUACCUGUGAGAGGAGAAAAUGCAUAGUAGAUGAUGCAAUAA